GACUCAGCGGCGGCGUCCGCCGGCCCUCGCGCUCUCCGCUUUGGUGGGGCGCCGACUCCGCCCGCCCGCUCGCUCGCUGGCCUGCCAGGCGACGCGGCGAGAGGCGCGCGGCCGCGGCCAGCUCGCUCCCCGGCGUUGGCUCUUGCGGUCGUGGCGGUGGAGUGCGGCGACCGGGACGAGGGCCGCUCCUCCUGCUCCCGGCGUGCGGCGCCGCUCGGCCCGGCUCAGCGGCCCUGGGCAUUGCAGGCGGCAGGACGAGAUGGAGUGAUCGGGAAGAUGUUUAUAGAUUCUUCUCUGGGAUCAGAGGGCACGCCUGUUGUAACCCGACAACUGCAAGUAUAGCAGCAGGGAUGGAUGAACAGGCUCUGUUAGGGCUGAAUCCGAAUGCUGAUUCAGACUUCAGACAAAGGGCUCUGGCCUAUUUUGAGCAGUUGAAGAUUUCCCCAGAUGCCUGGCAAGUGUGUGCAGAAGCUCUAGCCCAGAGGACUUACAGUGAUGAUCACAUAAAGUUUUUCUGCUUUCAAGUACUAGAACAUCAAGUUAAAUACAAAUAUUCAGAAUUAACCACUGUUCAACAACAACUAAUUAGGGAGACGCUCGUGUCUUGGCUGCAAGCUCAGAUGCUGAAUCCCCAACCAGAGAAGACGUUUAUACGAAAUAAAGCAGCCCAAGUCUUCGCCUUGCUUUUUGUUACAGAAUAUCUCACUAAAUGGCCCAAGUUUUUUUUCGACAUUCUCUCAGUUGUGGACCUCAAUCCAAGGGGAGUGGAUCUGUACCUCCGAAUCCUCAUGGCUAUAGACUCCGAGUUGGUGGAUCGUGAUGUGGUUCACACAUCUGAGGAGGCUCGUAGGAAUACUCUAAUAAAAGAUACCAUGAGGGAACAGUGCAUUCCAAACCUAGUGGAAUCAUGGUACCAAAUCUUACAAAAUUAUCAGUAUACUAAUUCAGAAGUGACAUGUCAGUGCCUUGAAGUAGUUGGGGCUUACGUCUCUUGGAUAGACUUAUCCCUUAUAGCCAAUGAUAGGUUUAUAAAUAUGCUGCUAGGACAUAUGUCAAUAGAAGUUCUACGGGAAGAAGCAUGUGACUGUUUAUAUGAAAUUGUAAAUAAAGGAAUGGACCCUGUUGAUAAAAUGAAACUAGUAGAAUCUUUGUGUCAAGUAUUACAGUCUGCUGGGUUUUUCAGCAUUGACCAGGAAGAAGAUGUUGACUUCCUGGCCAGGUUUUCUAAGCUGGUAAAUGGAAUGGGACAGUCAUUGAUAGUUAGCUGGACUAAAUUAAUUAAGAGUGGGGAUAUCAAGAAUGCUCAGGAGGCACUACAAGCUAUUGAAACAAAAGUGGCGCUAAUGUUACAACUUCUGAUUCAUGAAGAUGACGACAUCUCCUCUAACAUUAUUGGGUUUUGUUACGAUUAUCUUCAUAUUUUGAAACAGCUUGCAGUGCUCUCAGAUCAGCAAAAAGCAAAUGUAGAGGCAAUCAUGUUGGCCGUUGUGAAAAAAUUGACUUAUGAUGAAGAGUAUAACUUUGAAAAUGAGGGUGAAGAUGAAGCCAUGUUUGUAGAAUAUAGGAAACAACUGAAGUUACUGUUGGACAGGCUUGCUCAAGUCUCACCAGAGUUACUGCUGGCUUCUGUUCGCAGAGUUUUUAGUUCUACACUGCAGAACUGGCAGACCACACGGUUUAUGGAAGUUGAAGUAGCAAUAAGAUUGCUGUAUAUGUUGGCAGAAGCUCUCCCAGUAUCUCAUGGUGCUCACUUCUCAGGUGAUGUUUCAAAAGCUAGUGCUUUGCAGGAUAUGAUGCGAACUUUGGUGACAUCAGGAGUCAGUUCCUAUCAGCACACAUCUGUGACAUUGGAAUUCUUCGAAACUGUUGUUAGAUAUGAAAAGUUUUUCACAGUUGAACCUCAACACAUUCCAUGUGUACUAAUGGCUUUCUUAGAUCACCGAGGUCUGCGGCAUUCUAGUGCAAAAGUACGAAGCAGAACUGCUUACCUGUUUUCCAGAUUCGUCAAAUCUCUCAAUAAACAGAUGAAUCCUUUCAUUGAGGAUAUUUUGAAUAGAAUACAGGAUUUGCUAGAACUUUCUCCACCUGAAAAUGGCUACCAGUCCUUGUUGAGCAGUGAUGAUCAGCUGUUUAUUUAUGAGACAGCUGGAGUGCUGAUUGUGAAUAGUGAAUACGUAGCAGAAAGGAAGCAAGCACUGAUGAGGAACCUGCUGACUCCACUGAUGGAGAAGUUUAAAAUUCUGUUAGAAAAACUUAUGCUGUCACAGGAUGAAGAAAGACAGGCAUGUCUAGCAGAUUGUCUCAACCAUGCUGUUGGAUUUGCCAGCCGGACCAGCAAAGCUUUCAGCAACAAGCAGACUGUGAAACAAUGUGGCUGUUCCGAAGUUUAUCUGGACUGUUUACAAACCUUCUUGCCAGCCCUCAGCUGUCCCUUACAAAAGGACAUUCUUAGAAGUGGAGUUCGCACUUUCCUUCAUCGAAUGAUAAUUUGCCUGGAGGAAGAAGUUCUUCCGUUCAUCCCAUCUGCCUCAGAGCAUAUGCUCAAAGACUGUGAAGCGAAAGACUUGCAGGAGUUCAUUCCUCUCAUCAACCAGAUUACAGCCAAAUUUAAGGCACAGGUGUCCCCCUUUCUGCAGCAGAUGUUCAUGCCCCUGCUCCAUGCAAUUUUUGAAGUGCUGCUCCGACCAGCAGAAGAAAACGACCAGUCUGCUGCCUUGGAGAAGCAGAUGCUGCGGAGGAGUUACUUUGCUUUCCUGCAGACAGUCACAGGCAGUGGAAUGAGUGAAGUGAUAGCGAACCAAGGUGCAGAACAUGUGGAACGAGUGCUAGUAACUGUGAUCCAAGGAGCAGUUGACUAUCCAGAUCCAAUUGCCCAGAAAACGUGUUUUAUCAUCCUUUCAAAGUUGGUGGAACUUUGGGGUGGUAAAGAUGGACCAGUGGGAUUUGCUGAUUUUGUUUACAAGCACAUAGUCCCUGCGUGUUUCCUAGCACCUUUGAAACAAACCUUUGACCUGGCAGAUGCACAGACAGUGUUGGCCUUAUCUGAGUGUGCGGUGACACUGAAAACUAUUCAUCUCAAGCGGGGCCCAGAGUGUGUUCAGUACCUUCAGCAAGAAUACCUGCCUUCUUUGCAAGUGGCUCCAGAAAUAAUUCAGGAGUUCUGUCAAGCACUUCAGCAGCCUGAUGCUAAAGUUUUCAAAAAUUACCUAAAGGUGUUCUUCCAGAGAGCAAAGCCCUAAGGACUGGAUUUCCCUGUGCCUGACUUCCUGAAAAGAAAUUAGCUAUUUAUGAAGCAGUUUUUGUGUGCCAUUCACACUCAUCUUUUUAACAUUUUUUGAGCUUAUUGCAGUGUAUGUAUUUGGAUUUUCUGUAAAAUGGGUGUAAUUUUCCCUAAAUGACAGGUAUGUGACAAGAGGAGUUGCAUGCCAGCUAAAAUUGUUAUAUGUAAAAUGCUGUUAAAAGGUAGCAGUUACCUUCAGUACCUUAAUUUUUUUUUAUUUGGAACUUCAUGUCAAAUUCUUUAUAAAAACCAUAGCAGUGAAAAACAGUGUACUUUUAAAGUAUAGAGGAAAUAUAAUAAUCAAAACUAAUUUUUUGUAGAUAACCAUUACAUUUCUUUAAGCUGUUUCAAUGCCAAUAUGUAUUCUACAAAACAGAAUGGUUUCAUAAAUUAAUCAAUUAAAAAAAGUAGGUGAUGGUAUUACACUUUUUUUAAUAAAAUAGUAAAUAAAUUUUAUGUAGUGAAAUCUACCAAGUCUUUUCUGGAAUUAUUAUAAAUACUUUAGCCUUAAUUUCUCAUCUUAAUGUUUCCUUGAUUUCCCACUUCAAUAUAUGUAAAGCUGAGUGUGAAUUUCCUGUUUCAUUUUAUUAGACUUCUAUAAAAUUAUAGGCAGCUUAGUUCUGUAAAAAGAGUUUUGUAAGAAUGCACUAAAAAAAGACUCUGUGAAUCUGAUGAUAAAAUUCCAAGUUUUUACCCUCAUGCUUUGAUUGGAUGGCGUAGUAGAGUACAGCACACCUAUGUGUUUAUGAUGUGUGUGAAUAUUAACUGGACACUUUAAUUACCACAAGUAUUUCCUCCUACCUUUCUUCAUUUUUGUUCACUUCAGAAAGCAAGAGAAAAAAUGAUAAUAUUAGUACUAGCAUUGAAUAGGUGCGAAGAGGGGCCAAAUCGCAGCAGAAUGUUGCAGCCAUGGAAGUCCUCCUGUUAAAGCUUUCAGUAGGAGUUUGUACCUUUGGCCAGUGGGUGCCCUGGGGCUUUCGUGGGUGGGCUUCCAUGGCCUAGAAAUUCGUUAACAUUAUGUUCUAAUAUGCGAACAGGAAUCUUUUUCUGAUUCUAAUUCCAUGAGGAAUUUUAAGGAUUUCCUUUAUAUCAUGAAAUAAACUAAAUUGACAGUUCAUUGUAAAAAUAUAUCAGUGAAACAAAUGUGUAUUAUACCUCAAUAAAAAUGUUUUUAAAAGUA